AUGUCUGUAGGCGAUCGUGUCUGUUUCCACUCCGACUUUGGGACCAUUCGUCAUGUAGGGCCACUGGUAGGCAAAAAAGGUCAAUGGCUUGGUAUCGAAUGGGAUGAUGGUCAACGCGGCAAGAACGACGGAUCCAUCGAUGGGACGCGCUACUUCACAGCCAAAUCACCCACUGGUGCCUCGUUUCUUCGUGCCACAGCACCCUCUCUCCAUCUCGGACGGACAUUCACAGAGGCUCUACGCGACAAGUAUAUCGAAGAAAGAUAUGAUGACUCGAAGGUCGAAUCAGUCGUGCUGGGUUCUAGUGACGGAGCGAUUGAGGUCGAGGCGGUCAAUCUCAACAAAGUGCGCAGCAAGUUUGCCCAGCUGAGCAAGCUCAAAGAGGUUGGACUGGAGAACUACAUGAUUGGGAAGGCCGGUGAUGAUAUACAGCCUGUCUGCCCUAACAUUAAGCGAUUGGAUUUAUCUCGAAACCUCUUCUCAGACUGGAAUGAAAUUGUUCGUCUAAGCGAGCAGCUUCCUCAUCUCGAAAGCUUGACAUUGCACUACAACUAUUUUCGCCCUCUGAGUGCGCCGCUACAAGGCUCAUGUAGAUCGCUCGUAGAGUUGCUCCUUAAUCGAACCAAUGUUGACUGGAAACAGGCGCACUUGAUUGUCUGUGCAUUUCCAUCUCUGCGACGACUCGAACUUGGAUUCAAUGAGUUAGCUACGCUUGAAGAACCAUCAAGCACGGGCGCGUUGCCAAAUCUGGACUCGUUGGUCCUUGACGGAAAUGUUCUGACCAACUGGAAUGCCCUUAUAAAGGCGAUUAAACCACUCAGAAGCCUCUCGACGCUCAUGGUUUCUGACAAUCAAAUCGGAGCCAUCCCCCUACCGACGUCUUCAGAGGUCCUCCCGAAGACUGACACACUCUUUCUGGAUUCCAACCCGUUGUCGAGCUGGAAUGAUGUCGAUGCUCUUGCGCUUUGGUUCCCAAACCUUUCAAACUUGCGGCUCUUGGACGUUCCGCUCUUCAAUGGCGAGUGCAAAGAAGGAAUUGGAUACGCACGGCUCUUGGUAAUCGGGCGACUCAAGUCCCUUCGGCGGUUCAACUCUAGCGCAAUAUCCGAAGAAGAGCGCAAGGACGCGGAAUUCUUUUAUUUGACAUGGAUCGUUCGGAAUGUGGAGCGGAAUAAGCGAGAGUCAGAGCAUCCUAGAUGGAAAGAAUUGGUUGAGCGCAAGUACCGGGUUCUCUGGAUAGUCCAUGGCGAACCAGAAGAAGAGGCACCCAGAGUGGAUACAACUCGAUUGCAGAGCCGACUCAUUACCAUCAAUGUAUUCGUACUCACCGAAGUCCCGCAAAUGGGGACGUCGAAGAGGCCUGAACAAAAGUUUCAACAAUCUCUACAACUCUUGCCCAACAUGCCGAUCAAGACACUGCGACUCAAACUCCUCAAAAUAUUCAAGGCGAAACCCACGACCCAGAUCAGAGUAUUUGUUGAUUUGGUACAAGAGGGAAGCCCGACUGGGUCCUGGGGUGAAAUUGAUCUCGCGAAACAGGCGGAUCUGACGUGGUGGGGUGUCGAGAAUGGUGGGAGUCUAGGGAUUGUUCUUCCAUAG